AUGGCACUAAAUCGAACACUUGAAAAUAGAUGGAUUCGUCGUUAUAAAACAUUUUUUGUGUUCGGAUUUUUAAUUUUAGUUAUACAACUUUAUAUAGCUGUUAAGUUUUUUACUUUACAUGCAAAAGAUAUUAAUGAACUAUCUUCGAAUGAUAAACAAAAGUUAGAUACAAUAUUCGUCGAUUCACUUGGUACAGAUGAACAUUCUGCACGACAUACCAAAGAAGAAACUAAUUUAGAUGAUGAGGAUACUGCAGUAAAUAGUAAUUCUGUGAAUAUAUACAAACAUGAAUCCGAUAAAGUUUUGGAUGUUAAAACAAUUAUUAAAAAUAAAACGGUGUUACGUGUGGAUGAAUUAAAUUUUGUUCCAUUAUGUGAGAUAACUUCAAAAGAUGCUAUUUCAGCUAUACAUAGGGCUAAAACACAAAAUUGUAAACACACAAUUGCAAAUAUUACGUGCCUUAUACAAGAUGGUCAGUUGUAUCCAAUUAGUUUAAAUAAUUAUUGUCCACAUAAAGAUUUACAUGCGGGGAGAUCAUUGGGAUGUUACAAAGAUGAAAAAACAUAUAGGUUAUUGAGUGGUUAUUAUGCAAAUUAUAAAUCGAAUAAUUCACCAGAACAUUGUAUACGUAUGUGCCUUCAAUCUGGCUUCGUUUAUGCCGGAGUUCAAUAUUCUACUGAAUGUUUUUGUGGGAAUGAUCAACCACCUUCAACUGCGCGUCUUCCAGAUCCAUCUUGUAACAUGAAAUGUCCAGCAAAUCCCCGUAAAGCUUGUGGAGGAUACUUUACAAUAAAUAUAUACGAAACCGGUAUUGCUGCUUUCUCACCACAACAAGCAGAAUUAACAGCGUCGAAGAAAAAUGACAAAGUUCGCAUUGCAUACUUGUUAACGUUAAAUGGUCGUGCUGUACGGCAAGUGAAACGAUUAAUUAAAGCUUUAUUUCAUGUUGAUCAUUAUUUUUACAUUCAUAUUGAUGCUCGACAAGAUUACAUGUACAGAGAAUUAUUAGUUUUAGAAAAAAGAUUUUCAAAUAUAAAAUUAGCUAGAAAACGUUAUGCGACAAUAUGGGGCGGUGCCUCUUUACUACAAAUGUUGUUAAAUUCAAUGCGUGACUUAUUAAAAAAAUCUGAUUGGAAAUGGGAUUUUGUAAUAAAUUUAAGUGAAUCAGAUUUUCCAGUGAAGACAACCGAUAAACUUGUUGAAUUUCUAACAGCAAAUCGUGGUAAAAAUUUUGUUAAAUCGCAUGGCCGUGAAGUACAACGUUUCAUACAAAAACAAGGUCUUGAUAAAACAUUUAUCGAAUGUGAUGCACAUAUGUGGCGUAUUGGUGAUCGGCAAUUACCAUGGGGGAUUCAAAUUGACGGAGGUAGUGAUUGGAUAGCAUUAUCACGUGAAUUUAUCAAAUAUGUUACGAAUACAAAUCCAGAUGAUUUAAUUACUGGAUUAUUGACAAUAUUUAAAUACACGCUAUUACCCGCUGAGUCAUUUUUUCACACGGUUUUACGUAAUUCACAAUUUUGUAAUACAUAUAUUGAUAAUAAUUUACAUGUCACGAAUUGGAAACGAAAAUUAGGAUGUAAAUGUCAGUAUAAACAUGUAGUCGAUUGGUGUGGUUGUAGUCCGAAUGAUUUUAAAGUUGAUGAUUGGCAACGAAUAUUAGCAACAGAAUUAAAGCAGUUGUAUUUUGCACGUAAAUUUGAACCAGUUGUAAAUCAAGCGGUUAUUUUACAGCUAGAAGAAUGGCUAUUUGGACCACAUUUGUUAAAUGUAACAAAUAUAAAUAGUUAUUGGCAAAGUGUAUAUCAUAGUGCGGAUUUAAGUCCUUCAUCAGAUGAUGUUAUACAUACAAUAAGUAACAGUAUUCUUAGAUUAUUAAGUAAACAAUUAAAUGCUCAAAAAUGCUCAAUAUCUACAAAUGAGUUAAUUGAGGUUACAUCAUAUUUUACAAAUGAUUUAUUUCAUGGUUCAAUUUUAACAUAUUAUUUUAAUUCAACAUAUAAAAUGGAAACGUUAAUACAAUAUCAGAGUAAUUUAUUAAUAAAUAAAAAUAAUAAUUCAUUAUUAAAACGUUUAAAAUCAUUUUAUAUAACAAGUGAUUACGAUCAAAAAGAACAAAUUUCACGUAAUUUUGGUCGAUUUUUGGGACCAUUUUCUGAACCGGUUAUUAUUUAUGAAUUUUUACCAAAUAUCAAUACAAAUAAAUUAUCGAAUAUAACAUUUGUAUGGAUUAAUCCGUCCGGAGAUGUUGUUGAUAUUGCGCAUGCUCAUAUUGAAAUUAAUUACGUUAUUAAUUAUGUUAAAUUACAAGUAAAAGGUCCAUUAUUACCAGGUACAUGGACUGUUAAAUUAGUUUAUGAGAAAAUAGUUCUUGUUCAAAGUGUAUUUUUAAUAACACCAUUAGAAUUUUUGGGUAAAAAUUCGAUAACACCAACUCAAUCAAUUAUGAUACAUAGUGGUACAACAAAUGUAUCGAAGAAAGUUACUAUUGAUUGGUUAAAAUAUGGUAAAACGUUUAAUGAUAGACGUAUGUUAAAAACAUUAAGUGUAUCGAAUUCAAAACGUAUUGGUAACGAUUUACAAGAGUGGAUCGAUACAUUAGUUAGUAAAUUUUAUAAAAUUAAUAAUACUUGUAUUCAUUUAAUUCAUGAUAAAAAAGUUUCAAAUUAUUUUCAAUGUAAUGAUCAUGUGAAGUUUGAUGCAUGUACGAGUACAUUAUGGAGUACGGUUUCACCGGAUCCGAAAAGUGAUGUUAGUUCAAUCAAUUCAAUGCUGCAAAAAUUAAAUAUUGAUACGGAUUCAAUACGGUAACACUUAUGAAAAAUAUUUUGUUUUUAAAAUGUUUUUUUUAAGUAUGCAUUCAAUUAAUCUGUGAAACGGAUGACAAAAUUGGUAUCAGAAAACAAAAAAUACGUUGUUAUAGAAGAAAA